UACAAAUCUAUUACAUUUAUUGAGGAUUGUCAAUACCAUGUUGCGUUCCCUAGCACGUCCUCUUGUUUCACUGACUGGGUGCAAAGCUGCAAGCACAACAACUGGCAUUAAACCAGGGACAAAGUACGGAGGAAAAACAACUGUCACACUUAUCCCAGCAUCGUGGACCAAAAGAACUGCAGUUUGUACACUUAUUCCUGGUGAUGGAGUGGGUCCUGAGAUCUGCGAGUCUGUGACCACCAUCUUCAAGGAAAUGGCUGUUCCGGUAGAGUUUGAAACUAUUGAGCUCACCAAACACACACUCAAUGAUGAGGGUUCUUUCAACAUGGCCAUCACUUCAUUGAAACGCAAUGGUGUUGGACUAAAAGGUGUGCUAAAUAGGUCAGGUGACUUCAGACAUCAUAACAUGGAGUUCAGAGGAAACCUGGACACAUACGCCAAUGUUGUUAGAGCCGUGAGCUUUGACGGUAUCAAAACCCACCACACAGGGAUAGAUCUGAUUGCAAUCCGUGAGAACACAGAAGGGGAGUACAGCUGUUUGGAGCACGAGUCUGUGCCAGGAGUCGUGGAGUCCUUCAAGGUUAUCACUCGUGAAAAGUCCAUGAGGAUCGCUAAGUUCGCAUUCGACUACGCCCUUGAGCACAAUAGAAAAAAAGUGACUUGCAUUCACAAGGCUAACAUUAUGAAGCUGAGUGAUGGUCUUUUUAAGUCGUGUUGCCAAGAGGUGUCCGAACUGUACCCUACAAUCGACUACGAUGAACAGAUUGUAGACAACACUUGCCAGCAACUCGUCAUAAACCCACAGCAAUUUGACGUCAUGGUGAUGCCUAACCUGUAUGGUAACCUGGUAUCCAACCUGGCUGCUGGUUUAGUUGGCGGAGCAGGAGUAGUUCCCAGCAAGAGUUACGGCAGUGAAAUAGCUGUAUUUGAACCUGGUGCUCGUCACACAUGGAUGGAGAUGAAGGGAAUGUACGUUGCAAACCCUGUAGCUAUGGUCCUCAGUUCCGCUUUCAUGCUGAAACAUCUAACUCUCCACGAUGCUGGAGACAAGUUGAUCCAAGCAGUCAAGUUAGUGUUGAACAAGCAGAGCUGUAAAACACGAGAUCUGGGCGGGAAUGCUACCACUCCAGAGAUGACACGAGCUAUCUUGAACGAACUUGACACCCUGUAUGCUUAGUCAUAAGAUUAUAGAGAAUGUUUUAAACAAGCGAAGCUGUCGUACAAUAGACCUCGGUGGGAAAGCCAAGACUCGUGACAUGACACGUGCUAUUCUGGAUGAACUCGAAAUAAUGGAACUGCAAGCCAAUCUUGGUAUCUAGUUCCGUUCAAGCUAAUAUUAUCUGUUAUUUUCUAUUUAUUUAGUGGGAUUUGAAAAGACUGAAAGAAAAUGUUAGUAGGAAAAUAAAUGAUACUGUGUUUUUCCACCCUGAUUUAUUUAAUUUCCUUCAAGUAUGGUUCUCUUCACUCGCUAGGUAUAUUUUCAUUUCAAAUUCCCAUGAUACAUACUGUAUCAAGUUUCAUAGUACACCUUUAACGAUAUAAUAUUACACAGUAUUUGCCUGUCCAUUUUAUAAUGUCGAGUUUUGCAUUUACCUGCACGUAACGUUCUUCAACGCCUUUUUGAAAUUUCAUUAAACCCAAGUUUAUUUAUUGAUUGUCGGAUAAUGUGUUUAAACGUUUUGCUGUAACAUAAUUUUGAGACUAUUUAUUUUCUACAAAUGGCUACUAAA